AUGAUUGGUGUGCGUACCUUGUUGUGGUGUUUGUGCCUCGGCGCCCUCGCUGCUUACGCCAGCGCCGCCCGCGCUCAUCGCCUUCACCACGUUGUUCCUGCACGACAUAAACAUUCGGAAUUCGUUAAGGGCAAGAUAUGUAUCGGCACAAACGGUCGGAUGUCAGUACCCUCGAAUCGCGACACUCACUACAGAAACUUGCGGGACAGAUUCACCAAUUGUACUUACGUUGACGGCAACCUUGAACUUACCUGGUUGGAAAAUGAAACAAUGGAUUUGUCUUUUCUCCAACACAUACGAGAAGUUACCGGCUAUGUGCUUAUAUCAUAUGUUAAGGUAGCACACAUCGUUUUACCACAACUGCAAAUUAUUAGAGGAAGAACACUUUUCAAAUUGAAUGUAAGAGACGAGGAAUUUGCGCUUAUGGUUACGAUGUCUUCAGCUUUCACACUUGAACUUCCCGCCCUAAGAGACGUUCUAAGGGGCAGUGUUGGAAUUUAUAAUAAUUACAACUUAUGCCACGUUAAAACCAUAAAUUGGGAUGAAAUCAUUACAGGAGUAAAUGCUUCAUAUGUGUUUGUUUAUAAAUUUAAAGUUCCAGAGAGGGAAUGUCCACCAUGCCACCCUAGCUGCGAGUUGGGUUGCUGGGGAGAUGGCCCUCUCAACUGUCAAAAAUUUUCUAAAAUAAACUGCAGUCCUCAAUGCGAUCAAGGUAGAUGUUUUGGUCCGAAUCCUCGAGAUUGCUGUAACACUUUCUGUGCCGGCGGUUGUACCGGUCCUUUACCCAGCCAGUGUCUUGCCUGCAGAAAUUUCUACGACGAAGGAACAUGCUCUCAAGAAUGUCCACAGAUGCAAAAGUACAAUCCUACAACAUAUUCUUGGGAACCAAAUCCUAACGGAAAAUACGCUUAUGGUGCUACGUGCGUAAGGAACUGCCCAGAGCACCUUUUGAAAGAUAAUGGUGCAUGCGUUAGAAGUUGCCCGCCUAACAAAACAGCAGUUAAUGGCGAAUGUAUUCCUUGUAAUGUAACUUGCCCGAAGACUUGUCGUGCGGAGAGACCGAUACACUCAGGAAAUAUAGAAAGUUUUAAAGACUGUACCAUUAUAGAUGGCUCUAUUGAAAUUCUAGAAAUGACAUUUACUGGUUUCCAACAUGUUAAUCCGGAUUAUUCAUUUGGAGAAAGAUAUGCGAAAAUGGAACCCGAUGCAUUAGAGAUUUUCAGCACAGUACGGGAAGUGACAGGAUAUCUGAAUGUACAAGCGCAUCAUCCGAAUUUCACCAGCCUUUCCUAUUUUAGAAAUUUAGAAGUGAUUGGAGGUCGCCAAGUAGUAGAAAAUCUAUUUGCGUCUCUAUAUAUUGUUAAGACUUCUUUGAAAUCGCUUGGAUUGAAGUCGUUGAAAAAAGUUAAUUCGGGGGCAAUUGCUAUAAUGGAAAAUAGGCAUUUAUGUUUUGCUGAUAAAAUUGCAUGGAACAAGCUGGUGAAAUCAAAAGACCACAAGCAAAUAAUUCAGAAAAAUGGAGAUAUUCAGAACUGUGAAAAAGCAAACAUGGUUUGCGACCCACAAUGUUCCUCGGAUGGUUGCUGGGGUCCGGGACCCGACCAAUGUCUUUCCUGUAAAAACUACAAAUUUGGCGAUAUCUGUAUCCAAAACUGCAGUGUUCACCCUGGACUCUACCAAUCGGGUACAAAAAUAUGCAAGCAAUGUCAUUCUGAAUGCCUUGAUGGAUGCUCAGGCCCCAGUCGUGCCAACUGCUCGAAGUGCAAACACGUACGCGAUGGACCUUACUGUGUAGCAGAAUGUCCAGACUCGAGAUACCCAUCAGAAAAUGGCACUUGUCAACCUUGCCAUGCUAACUGUUUUAAUGGGUGUACAGGACCAGAAAACACCGUCGGAAUUGGUGGUUGCAAUUCGUGCAAAAAAGCCAUCAUCAGCGUGGAAGCUACAGUCGAAAGCUGCCUUAAAGAAAAUGAACCAUGUCCUGAUGGUUACUAUAACGAAUGGGUUGGAAAUGUAAUACUAUUAGAGGGGAAAGUUAAAGUAGUGUGCCGAAAGUGUCACCCAUUGUGCAGAAAAUGCACUGGUUUUGGAAUACACGAACAAGUUUGCCAAGUUUGUAAUGGUUUUAAACGUGGGGAUCAAUGUGAAGAUGAAUGCCCUCCGGAUCAUUUCACUGACGAAGUAGACAGAAUUUGUUCACCGUGUCACCCAGAAUGUCGUGGUUGCACCGGACUUACAUCGACAGAUUGCAUAAAAUGUGAUAAUCUGAAAAUAUUUUUAACUGACAUUAAUACUGGACCAUUUAAUUGCACUGCUACAUGUCCCGAAGACUUUCCACAUAAAAUAUAUUUCGACGAGCUGCACCAAAACCCCAUUGAAGAGCCAUACUGUUCAGCCCUAGCAAAUGGCCCGCCAGCAAUGUCAACCGCGAAAAUUCCAACCGUUUUGGUAAUAAUAUUGGUUUUGGCGGUUAUUUUUUUAAUAAUCCUAGCCAUGAUCGGAUAUACAUGUCGACAGAAAGCAAAAGCAAAAAAAGAAGCGGUAAAAAUGACUAUGGUUUUGACAGGCUGUGAAGAUAACGAACCUCUUCGACCAACUAAUGUGAAACCAAACCUCGCAAAACUAAGAAUAGUUAAAGAAGCGGAAUUGCGACGGGGUGGUAUGCUAGGAUUUGGUGCCUUCGGCAAAGUCUAUAAAGGUGUCUGGGUACCAGAAGGUGAAAAUGUAAAAAUUCCAGUCGCGAUAAAAAUAUUAAAGGAAUCAACAGGUGCAAACACAAGUAAAGAAUUUUUGGAAGAAGCAUACAUAAUGGCUAGUGUUGAACAUCCCAACUUAUUGCAAUUACUUGCGGUGUGCAUGACAAAUCAAAUGAUGCUGAUUACACAGUUAAUGCCUUUAGGGUGCUUAUUGGAUUACGUACGAACACAUAAAGAAAAAAUUGGAUCAAAAGCCUUCUUGAAUUGGUGCACCCAAAUAGCUCGUGGAAUGGCUUAUUUAGAAGAAAAGAGGCUGGUUCAUAGAGAUCUUGCGGCACGAAAUGUCUUAGUGCAAACACCAAAUUGCGUAAAAAUAACUGAUUUUGGAUUAGCUAAAUUACUAGACAUUAAUGAAGACGAGUAUAAAGCUGCGGGUGGUAAGAUGCCCAUUAAAUGGUUAGCAUUAGAAUGUGUACAGCACCGAAUUUUCACACAUAAAAGUGACGUGUGGGCUUUUGGUGUUACUAUAUGGGAAAUUCUAAGCUAUGGUGCAAGGCCCUACGCCAAUAUAUCAGCCCGAAAUGUACCUGAACUGAUUGAAAAUGGGUUAAAACUUCCUCAACCAGCGAUCUGCACUCUUGACAUCUACUGCGUUAUGGUCUCAUGCUGGAUGUUGGAUGCUGAUAGCCGUCCCACUUUUAAACAAUUGGCAGAUACAUUCGCCGAUAUGGCUAGGGAUCCUGGACGGUACCUUGUCAUUCCCGGUGACAAGUUUAUGCGUCUACCAUCCUAUUCUACCCAGGACGAAAAAGAAUUAAUAAAGAACCUUUCAUCGGCAAUGGACGGACCAGAGCCUUUAGUAGAAGCUGAUGAAUACUUACAACCAAAGUUUAAAAAUUUGCCUGGUACUACUACAAAUGUUUCUAUUGUUACGGCUGGUGUAGAAACUCAUACAGGAUCCUUAAAACCAGGUGCCUCGACAUCAUGGACAAAUAAUGGACCCAGAAUAGAAGGUGCGACUAAUGACAGUGCCAACAAACCUGAAACUUGGGAUCAAGAUUUAUUAAGAUAUAACAACACAAACAGUAAAUCUGAUGAUUCGGAUACUCGUCAUUAUUAUAAUAACGGAGUUUGUGCUUCGGAGAGCUCUAGUUCCAGAUAUUGUAGUGAUCCCAUGAAAUCUAGACCUGACGAAGAAAAUAAAUUCGACACUAUGUCUAAAGUAAAAGAGGCACAAGUUGGAAAUCUAAAACUUAAUUUGCCACUUGACGAGGAUGAUUAUUUAAUGCCUUCUCCUCAACACACUCAAAACGCUUCCACUUACAUGGACUUAAUAGGCGAAAGUGGGGAAGGACAGGAUAUAAAAGAUAUGUGUUAUGGUGGUUUUAUGGCCUCAAAGAGAUGUGUGGACAAUCCGGAAUAUUUAAUGUCAGACCAAAGUGUUCCAGCACAGACAAUUGGAAUACCCACGGAACCUUUGCCUCUAGAGAGUACAAGCGAGUGUAGUGGCAGUGAUUCGACACCGCAGCCUACAACUAGUAAAUAUCAACCCCAAAGAUCUGUCGAAGAAGAGUCAAUGUCCGAUCAUGAAUACUAUAAUGACUUGCAACGGGAGCUCCAACCAUUGCGCCGUAAUGAAACAACUGUAUAA